GUUGUUGCCAACACAAUCAGAAUGUUUAUAGAUAACCUUUAUUGUUGUAUGACAAUUUGCGAAAAACAUAAUAUAUGGAAUAAUUUUAUGUCGUAACAUUUUUAAGCUUUCUGUUAAAAUUGUAACACAAACAUAAAAUCUGACGUCUAUGCCAGUAAUUUGAAACUUGAAACGUUUUAAAGGAUAAAUCAAAAUGUACUGAACAAUUACUACAAAGUUUUAUUAUAUGAAUCAAAUAAAUACCACUUACAAAAUGGAUAUAAAGGAUAAUAUAAAUAUAGAGUUUCCACUUGAAUUACCACCUAUUGGGCCUGAUAUCAAGACGGAGUUAACAGAAUAUAUUGUGUGUUUGGACAAUUUUCCAACAUAUAAACUUGUCAAUGCACAAUGUUAUUGGCCAAGAAAACCAGAUAUUUUAUCCCUUUUAGACUUUGACCUAGCCCCACUUGGAACUACUUUAAAAUUCGAUUGUGAUCCCAUUAGUAAAAAACAACAGACAAUGUGUGAAGUUCCUUUACAGUCAGCUGGUGAAACUGCAAGAAAUUCUAUGUCUAUGACUCGUGCACCAGGACCUGCUGUGGAAAGUAUCAGAGGUAAUACAAGCAAUAUUCCAUUUUUUCCUGGUGGGUUUGAUGAACCUGAGAUGAUAGAGGAUCCAUCAAUGGAAGAAAUUGACUUUGAAAAUAAUUUAAGAACAUUAGCAAGAGGGUUCAGUGCUGGUGUGGAAUUUAAGAGUGAUAACUGUACUUCUAAAGAGGUUGUUACUCAAGAGGAACAAGUUUCAGAACCAGAGAAAAAUGAAAUUGAAAGAAUAGCAGAUAAGAUUAAUUUAAUGUCAAUUGUAAAUGAAGAGAGAAAUGUUCUAGGAUUAUGGUUACCAGAACUGAAAGAAACAAAGGAAGAAGAAACUGGGAAAGAAACUUCGAAUGUACAAGGACCAUCAUUUGAUGAUAUUGUUCCAUUAUUAAAAGAAUCGAAUGUUCCCAUUUUAAAAAUCUCAGAAAAACCUUCAGAAAAUAGAAAAUCGGAAUGGGCAGAGCAGAUAGAUGUGUCUGUUCCAGUAAUUGAUUUUGAAAAACGUAUUCCUGAACUAGCAAUGAGUUUUCCUUAUGAAUUGGACAUUUUCCAGAAACAAGCAAUAUUAAAGUUGGAAGAGAAUUGUAACGUGUUUGUUGCAGCUCAUACGUCAGCUGGAAAAACAACUGUAGCAGAAUAUGCUAUUGCUUUGAGUCAAAAGCACAUGACUAGAGUCAUCUAUACAUCUCCUAUUAAAGCACUUUCGAAUCAGAAAUACAGAGACUUUAAGAGAAAAUUCGAUAGUGUUGGAUUGUUAACAGGAGAGUUACAAAUUAACUCAAACGCCUCGUGUCUUAUCAUGACUACAGAAAUUUUACAAUCUAUGUUAUAUUGUGCAUCUGAAGUUUUAAGAGAUUUAGAGUUCGUAAUAUUCGACGAGGUGCAUUAUAUUAAUAAUGACGAUCGUGGUCAUGUUUGGGAAGAAAGCGUCAUUCUUUUACCAAAAACAGUUAACAUAGUAAUGUUGUCAGCGACUGUGCCAAAUCCGUUAAUAUUUGCGGACUGGGUUGGCCGUAUUAAGAAAAAGAAGAUGUAUGUGAUAAGCACUCUAAAAAGACCAGUACCACUUCAACAUUAUUUAUAUACUGGAACUGAUGGUAGAACAAGAAACAAUAAAUUUUUGGUGUUGGACGAAAGUGGUCAAUUUUUACUAGAUGGGUGGACUAAAGCAUUAAACACAAAGGAAUCAAGAAAUAAAGAUAAAGAUUGGAAAAAACCAAUGAAUCAUCAGUUGUCUCCAAAGCAGGAACAGGUCUUGUGGAAUGCUUUUAUAGAUCACCUUAAAACCAAUAAUAUGUUGCCGGUAGUUGUCUUCAUGCUAUCACGAAAGCGUUGUGACAAUAGCGCUGUUCUGUUGAGAAAUGUUGAUCUUACAACCGAGAGUGAAAAGUAUAUCAUCAGAACAUUUUUUCAAAAUAAUAUUAAACAAUUAAAGGGUAGCGAUAGAGAGUUACCACAGGUUCUCAUGAUGCAGGAACUAUUGCAAAAUGGUGUUGGUAUUCACCAUAGUGGCAUAUUACCGAUUUUAAAGGAAAUAGUGGAAAUGCUUUUUCAAAAUGGAAUUGUAAAGUUAUUAUUUGCAACAGAAACAUUUGCAAUGGGUGUGAACAUGCCAGCACGUACAGUAAUUUUUGAUUCGAUUAAAAAGUUCGAUGGCACUAAUUUCCGAAUACUUCAUCCCACCGAGUAUAUACAAAUGGCUGGACGUGCUGGUCGUAGAGGACACGAUACGGCAGGAAUGGUUAUAGUUAUGUGUACGACAUCAGUACCACAUUUCAACCUAUUAAAUACCAUGAUGUGUGGUCAGCCCCAAAAUUUGGAAUCUAAAUUCAAAGUCACAUACUCUAUGGUGUUAAAUCUGAGAAGAGUGAAUGAGUCGGUAUCGGUUGAAGCAAUGAUGCGUAGAUCCUUUAAAGAAUCUCCGCUAGCUCUUAAGCAAAGCACUUACAAAGUCCAAUUGCAAAAAGUGGAAGAUGAACUGGCGAAAUCACCACCUUUAACUGAAAUACAGAAAAAACUCAGUGAAUUCUAUAGAGUAGCUAUUGAUUAUAUAGAAUAUUUAAAAUAUCUGAAACCCUUAAUAUUUGAAACGCAGAAGAGAGAAAUGAAAUAUUUAGAACCUGGAAGGGUUUUGCUUAUAUCAUUUGCAGGUCAUUAUAAUAAAUUAGCUUUAUUGCUGAGUACCGUCCAGAGUAAAAGUAUAAGACAAUAUAGGGUAUUAGUACUUAAAGAUUCUGAAUCAUCAAAAUCUAUUGAAGACAAAACAGCCGAAUUUCCUAAGGAUCCAUUGUGGCACGAUAUUGUGGCUUUAACGAAACAUGAAUUAUAUGUACCGAGUGGAGUUGCAUCUAGUGAAGUGUUAACCGUACCUAUAUGGAACAUAUUAGAGAUAACUAGCUGCAAGAUUAAGGUUGAUUAUACUUUGGUUCUGUCGAAUUGGGAAAAAAAGCAAAUCCCGAGAUUUAGGAAUGAACCACAUGGUCCAACGUACGAAACAGCCAUACAAGAGUUAAUGACACUAUCCCUGAAUGCUGCACGCGAUCCUUCUAUUUUGAAACCAUAUGUAGAGAUGAAAUUGAAUUACGACGCGGACUUGAAACUGUUGAACUUGUUGCAUUUAAAGCAAACGAUUUCUGAUAUGAACUGUACGAAAAUUUCAAACUUCGAAGAACAAUUUAAGACUGUAUUUGAACGAAAUGAACUGGAAAAUAAGAAAAAGAAACUUCAACUGAGACUUAGUGAUGAGGAAUUGAUUCUUUUUCCUGAAUAUACAAAUGCUGUUGCCCUUCUUAAGGAAUUAGGAUAUAUAGACCAUGAUGAAAGAGUUGCACUGAAAGGUCGUGUUGCAUUGCAAAUGGGAAAUAAUGAGUUGUUAAUCACAGAACUUAUUCUUAAAAAUGUCUUUACGGUACUUGAACCAGCUGAAAUAGCAGCACUGUUGUCUACUUUAAUAUUCCAACAACGAACGAAAGUUGAACCAAAUCUUCCAGCGACAUUGAAAAAGGGAUGUGAAGAAAUAAAACAAAUAUAUACCCAACUAGUAAAUUUAGAAAACCACUAUCAAUUAUCGACAUUGCAACCGUUAAAUUUCGGUUUAGUGGAAGUGGUUUACGAUUGGGCGCAAUCUAAGUCGUUCGCUGAAAUAAUGGAAAAAACGGACGUACAGGAAGGAAUUAUAGUGCGAUGUAUUCAACAAUUAAGUGAAACAUUAAGAGACGUUAAAAACGCAGCUAUGACUAUCGGUGAUCCUGUUCUGAAAGAAAAGAUGGAGGAAGCUUCUACAGUUAUUAAAAGAGACAUUGUUUUUACCGCAUCUUUAUAUACUACAGAUUAAUUAUGAAACAAGUUCUAUGUACAGUAAUUUAUUUUUAUGUGUAAACUCUUAACACAUCUUCAAUUUUAAUCGUCAAGAGAUGUAUAUAUUUUUAUAACGUAUACAUUAUGUAUGAAGCAUAUAUUGUGAAAUAGAAAGUGUAAUACGAUUUCCUUUAUACCAUGAAUGUGAAAUAUUGAGACUUAAUUCUACUUUGUAAAUUAUAAUUCUUUGUGUAUAGAUAUGCAACAGAGAAAUGCA